CUGUUUAACACAAUAACACGAAAUAUCGAUGCCACGAGGAGUUAUUUGUCUGCGUCUAUCGGGCUCCAAAUCAGCUAAACAAGAAAAAGGCAAACUUGUCACGAACGGGUGGAACUGAUAACAGCUUUAGGAGGCCAGAGCCGCGAUUUGAAGAGUGGGUGAAGUUAGUUUUGGUUCUCUCAUUAGCAACGCAACGCUGGCAAUUUGGAGAUCACGGAGAUGUCGACUAAUUGGCGUGAAUUGUUCCCCACCAAGCUCACAUUUGUGAUCUUCCUGCUGUACAUGUCCCUAUUUAUAGGGCAGGGCAUAUUUGUCACAGCAUCGCAAGAGUCAAACAAUUCCUACGGAUAUAAUACAGUUACGGUUGUGCUACUCACCGAGGUCUUCAAACUGAUAGUUUCCACCUGCCUGUACUGCAGAGACAAUAAUCUACGCUCCCUGGUGCGUGAUGUACACAAGGAUCGCAAUGUCCUGGCCCUGUAUAUGGUACCUGCCUUCCUCUACUGCUUGUACAACAACUUGGCCUUUGUCAACUUGGCAACCUUUGACCCCACCACCUACUACCUACUUCUUCAGCUGCGUGUCGUUGUCACGGGUAUACUGUUUCAAAUUAUCUUCAAGAAGUAUCUAUCGCAAAGGCAAUGGAUCUCCCUCAUAUUGCUGACCCUGGGCUGUAUGAUGAAGCAGGUCGAUUUUGGCAGUUUCUACAGUGAUACCAAUGAUGAUAGCGAGUCCGCAGCUAUUCAACAACAGCAAUUACUUAAUCAUACAUCAAUUGACAAGCAGGUUCACGGGAAGAACAUGUCCGGCUUUGACUUCAGCUUGAGUGCCGUUUUUAUUUUGGCCCAGACCAUUUGCUCUUGCCUGGCUGGCGUAUACAACGAAUAUUUGCUGAAAGACAAAGGCGCCGAUGUAAAUAUUUUUGUUCAGAAUGUUUUCAUGUACCUAGACUCGAUUGUCUGCAAUGCUGUAAUCCUCCUGCUGCGCGGCGAGCUGAUAGAUGCUUUCAGUCCGCAAAAUCUGGGUAGCAUCAUGCGUUUUAGCGUGCUAAUCAUAAUUGUGAACAAUGCGGCCAUUGGCAUUGUCACCAGUUUCUUUCUGAAGUACAUGAACUCUAUUCUGAAGACCUUUGCCAGCGCCUUGGAACUGCUCUUCACAGCAGUUCUAUGUUAUUUCCUUUUCUCCAUACCCAUCUAUAUGAACACCGCGCUGGCUAUUGCGGUUGUUUCGUACGCCAUCUAUCUCUACACGCAGAGCCCGGUUGUUAAUCUGGGCAAGGUGCGUCCACUUGCCAAUUUGAGCGAUGCUACAGUCAAGUCCACAGACAAAAGAAAGCUGCUUGACGAGGAGGUGUCAGAAUCGGACCUGGAUAUCGUGUAAUGCUGUAUCUAGUCUUAGACGUAAUCUUAGGCUGUAUAUAGUUGUGGAAAAGUGCCUGCAAAUGUUUUAAACGCCAGACGAAAGUAUUUGACCCCAGGCUAUGUGCAAUGCUAUAGCAACAGGCUUGUAAAUACCAAAACUUUUGCUUUUCUAUUUUAAGAUUCUCAGUAUAAAUGUAUUUAAAUCAUAA